CAAACGCACAAGUGACGAGAAAACAGCCUUUGGAAAGUUUGCUUUGCCACCGGUAGUAACUGUUUUACUUCCCCAAGCCAUGGGCGCAGAAAAGAAAACAGAUGUCCUUCCCUCCUCGCCAAACGCGAAGAGAUAUAUUUCUCUUGAUGAAGUCAAGAAGCACAAUCAGCCAGAUGAUCGAUGGUUAUUGAUAGAAAACAAAGUUUACAACAUAACAAACUGGGCGAAAAAGCAUCCUGGUGGAGGAAAAAUCUUAGGACACUUCAGUGGACAGGAUGCAACGGAUGCAUGGAGAGCAUUUCAUAAUGAUAAAGACUAUGUAAAGAAGUUCAUGAAAGCCCUGUAUGUAGGAGACCUAGAGAGACCAGAGGAGAGUUUAACAGAAUUAAAGAGUGACUUUAGAGAACUGAGAAAACAUGUGGAAGACAGUGGCAUGCUGAAAACACAACCCUGGUUCUACGCUUUACAUCUAGCUCAUAUCAUCCUAUUAGAAGUAUUUGCCUAUUGUUUGGUGUCAUAUUAUGGUGGAGGACUGUAUACAUUUAUAGCAGCAGCAAUCAUUCUGGCUGUAGCUCAGGCACAAGCUGGGUGGACACAGCAUGAUUAUGGACAUAAUUCUGUGUUUCCAAGUCAUAAAAUGAACAAAAUAUUUCAUCAUAUAGUUAUAGGACAUAUUAAGGGAGCAUCAUCUCAUUGGUGGAAUUUCCGUCAUUUCCAACAUCACGCCAAACCAAAUGUUGGGAAGAAAGACCCGGAUGUAGACUUCCCUUAUUUAUUGUUACUUGGAGAAAAUUUCCCUGUGACCUGGGGAAAACAGAAAAAGGGUUUCAUGCCAUAUAAUCAACAGCAGAAUUAUUUUUUCUUGACAAUGCCACCAUUACUGUUGCCACUCUACUUUCACUUUGAGAACAUCUUGUUUGUAUUUAAGAGGCGUGAUUGGGUGGAUUUGUUGAUGACAGUAUCAUUCUUUGGACGUUAUUUUUACCUGUACACCCAGUUCUGGGGUGCAUGGGGAGUGUUUGGAUUCUACAUGUUUGUAAGAUUUCUGGAAAGCCAUUGGUUUGUUUGGGUAACACAGAUGAGCCACAUAUCAAUGAAGAUUGACAUUGAACAAGAUAAUGAUUGGUUCACGUCACAGCUGAUAUCUACGUGUAAUGUUCACCAAGGACUCUUCAACGAUUGGUUCACAGGACAUUUGAACUUUCAGAUAGAACAUCAUUUGUUUCCCACAAUGCCUCGUCAUAAUCUACAUAAAGUGGCACCUCUAGUCAAGUCUCUGUGUAAAAAACAUAACAUUGAGUACAUAAGUCUGCCUCUGUUUGGAGCUUUUGCUAGACUGGUUACGUCCCUUAAGAAGUCUGGAGAGCUAUGGUACGAUUCAUAUUACAAUGGAUAAGAAGCAUGUCAAAAACCGACAACCUGAAUACUCUUCUUGUAACAACAUUUCUUUCUGAAAAUUAGUUUUGAAAUGUGAAAAUUUUCAUGUUUUAACUAAUUGUUCAAUUGUGCAUAUUGUAAUUCUUUUACUUAUUAACUAUUUUUUUACUGCUUUGUUAAAUUUGUAUGUAUGUUUGUUUUUUUGGGAGUUUGAAGUGCAAAUGAAAAUUUAAUGUAUGAAUUAAACAUUUGAUGUCCUCAUGACGAUUACAGUCUUGACUUAUUAUAAAAUCUCAAUACUAUUUGCUUGCACCUAAAUCAAUAAACUGAUAUAUAAAACAUGAAGUAGCACAAUUUUGUAAGAGAAGAAAAUUGAUGUUGCAAAAGUCUUUAGGAAAAUGGGAAUUCAAGUUUUCAAACUUCAAUCAAUGUUGUUUAAAUAGCUAUUAGUGUUCUCUGUAUACAAAACACUUUUUAUGCCCACCUACAAUAGUAGAGGGGAAUUAUGUUUUCUAGUCUGUGGGUCCGUGCGUCCAUUCGUCCUUCCGUCUGUCCCGCUUCAGGUUAAAGUUUUUGGUCAAGCUAGUUUUUAUUGAAGGUGAAGUCCAAUCAACUCCAAACUUAGUACACAUGUUCCCUAUGAUAUGAUCUUUCUAAUUUUACUGCCAAAUUAGAGUUUUUAUUCCAAUUUCACGGUCCACUGAACAUAGAAAACGAUAGUGCAAGUGGGGCAUCCGUGUACUGUGGACACAUUCUUGUUUAGUAAAAUGUUCAAGCUUUAAUGACUUGUCUUCCUGUUAUUGUGUUUGAUAUCAUCUACAUGUGACUAGAUACAUGUAUAGUAAAUCAUCAAUUCUAGCACUAAGUAAUACACCUUAUUGCUAUUCCUGCUUGAUCCAAAAAUCUUGUAGCUUGAAAUUUUGACUUCAUACAACAAUCACUUUUCCAUUGUGGUGUCAAAUAUUUCAAAAUUUUACUGGAGCUUUUGUGAUGUCCAGUAACAGAUGUCAAAUAGCGAUAAAGUGUGUAUGCACGUUUUUGUUUUUAGGUUUCUGGGUUAAUGUUUUUUUACAUAAUGAAAAUAUGAGUGAGAGAGGGCACCAAGUCAUGGUAAAGACACAUAUUCUUGCUCAAUUUGUUUUUAUUUCUUGUUAACACCCGUUCAGCAUUGUUAAUUAUCAAAUAUUUAUUGUUUUACAUGCAGUUUUUAGAAGAAUGAUAGAGUGAGAGUGUUUAAAGUUAUAAAUAUCAAUCCUUUUUUAUCUGUGAUAUUAUUCCACCAAGUAUUUGACCUUCAAAUAUAUUUAUAUAUUGGAAACAUUAAAAAAGUCCACAAUUUCAUCAUUUUUUUCAACCUUAUGACUGGAUAAUGGUAUUACAGAUCAGAUGCAAUAUUUAGGUAACACAGAUCAAAAUCUUUGUCUGCAUUUAAAUGCCAUUGUAAUAGUACAUGCUUUCAACUUUCAUUGUAUUGCAAUGGCAAUUAGAAUUGCAGACAAAAAUCAGCUGUACAUGAUAGUCCAAAAUAUUUUUAAAAGCAAACAGGAACACAUAACCUAUUUCAUAUACUAUACCAUUAACAAGUCAUAGAAGAUGUUUUUUCGUUGAUGUGUAAUUUCUACUUGUUUACAUUUUGUUUUAAAAAAAGAUUUAUUUUCAUACAAAUGGUUACAAAUAGACAUAAAAAUCUCAAAAUAGUAAAAGCUACCGGUAUAUAUCCAUUUGACAUUAUGUAUUUUUAUUAUCAGUUAUAUAAUACCUAGUAGAGUGUAUAAAUUUUUAUGUCAUGUGAUAUCUUAAGCAUUUUAGAUGAAUAGUUAAGUUUCAAACAAACAUUGACAAAAUGUGCUAUAUUUGUAG